AUGGCCAUGUUGCAGGUGGUGAUUUGGGUCUUCCUCUACAUGAACAGCUUCAUGCUCUUCACCUUCUACAGUAAGCAGACAUUCCGGGGAGACACACGCUACAUCCUUUUCGCCCACACCCUGCUGUUAGACUUCAUCUUCCUGCUGUCCACAGACCUGGUGGUGCUGCAGACCUACUUUAAUAUGUUGCUUCCUGUGGGUUACUGCAUCCCGAUCUGCAUCGUCAUGGAGGUUGUCACCAUAAACACACACGGGAUCAUCGCAGCCAUGUGUGUGGAGCGCUACGUGGCCAUCUGUAUGCCACUGAGACAUGCAGAAAUGAGUACCAUUGGCAGGACUUACGCUGCCAUCGCCCUCAUCUCUGCAGUCGGUUCACUCAGGUCCUUUGUGGACCUUUUCAUUCUCGUUGCUGUUGCCCCACCAGACUACUUUGCUCUGAACGUCUUCUGCUUCUACGACAUCAUGCUGUUCAACAAGUGGCAUCGCUACAUGCGGGCCGCCACAAAUCAGGCAGACUUUGCAGUGGUUGUGGUCAUUGUACUAUUCUGUUAUGUGAAAAUCAUGCUGGCGGCGAAGGCUGCAUCUGGAGAUAACAAGGAAUGUGCGUCAAAGGGACGACGCACGCUCCUGCUCCACUCAGUGCAGUUUUUCUUGAGUAUGAUUGACAUGUGGUGUCCCUAUGUUGAGGCUGUUUUUUUGGAAUAUGAUCUGGAGGUCUUCUUGACUGUCCGAUUCUUCAAUUUUUUGGUUUUCACCAUCAUCUCAAGAGCCCUCAGUUCACUUAUCUAUGGUCUCAGGGAUAAAAGGUUUUUCACUGCAUUGGUAUAUUAUGCGGGCUGCAAACAGAAUCGUAUCUCUUACAAAACCUAG